UCAGAUAGCAACAUAUAUAUUACAUGAGCAAUCUAAAAUAUUUAAAAGUGUGUGUGAUACUGACUUAAGACUGUGCAGAAAUGAGCCAAAUAUAAACUUAAGGUUGAUUGAAAGUUAUUAGAUAUUUUUUUUAUUUUUCGCUUCUAAAAGUGAAAAAAAUGGCUAACCGUUUAAAUAAAUUUAUAUUGUUGAUGUGGAAAAAUUGGACGCUUUUGCGACGACGUCCGAUUCAAGCAGCAUUUGAGAUUAUUUAUCCUGUAUUGAUAUGUUUAAUUCUUGUUGCUGUAAGAGGCUUAAUUAAUGUUAGUAAGGAGGGGCCAAUCAGUUAUGACCCAUUUAUACCGGCAUCGACAAUGGGAGAAUUAUGUUCUUGGAGUUUUCAAGACGGUCAUAGGACUAAUAUUACCAUGGCGUAUUCGCCAACCAGCCCACUACUAGAAAAAGUGUUCGAAAAUCUUUGUCUCAACGUUACACCACCACCCAAUUUAAUUCUUAAAAGUUAUAGAACUGCAGCUGAAAUGAACGCUGAUAUACCAGAUAAUAGAUUUAAUUUUGCUUUACAAUUGGACGAUUCUUUAUUUGGACUUGAUGACAGCAGCAAACUGCCUGAAAAUGUGGAUGUCACUUUACGGUUUCCAUCAGAAGAUUCAAUUGUUUCUAGACGAGAGUGGUACACUAAUUUAAUAUACCCGCUUUUACAAACACCAGGCCCAAGAUCGAGUCAGGACAACUGGGGUGGAGAACCAGGGUAUGUCAACCGAGGAUUUCUCUAUGCCCAAGCUAUUAUUACUAAAAUAUUUAUUAAUAACGGCGAAAAUAUUCCUUUGAAUACAGAAGUGGUUAUGCAGCGAUUCCCUUACCCUGAAUGGUUAAACGAUGCCUUUUACCUUGAUCAAAUGGAAACGAUGGUAUCGCUGAUGAUAAUGAUGAGUUUUAUGUUUAACUAUGUUAACGCUAUAAGGGCCAUAACAACAGAAAAAGAAAAGCAACUCAAGGAAUCUAUGAAAGUUAUGGGCCUCCCUGGGUGGUUACAUUGGAUGGCAUGGUUCCUACGUAGCUUUGUUAUUCUCCUAAUAGCAAUAAUUCUAAUCACAAUUGUCUUAAAAGUAAAUUUCCAAAAGAAUGCAGUCUUUGUGCACUCCGACGGCACUGUCUUAUUUGUGUUUUUUAUACUUUUUGCAUGCAGCACCAUCACGUUCACUUUUCUAAUAAGCGUGUUUUUUUCGAAAGCAAAUACUGCAACAGCCGUUGGCAGUCUGGUAUUCUUUCUUACAUAUCUGCCAUACACACUGCAACAACAGCAAGGUGAUAUAGUGUCUUUAGGUUCUGCACUAAGUUCAAGUCUUUUGGCCAACUCUGGAUUGUCUUUUGCCAUCUCUGUUAUUCUAAAAUUUGAAGCAAUUGAAGAAGGAAGUCAAUGGAGUAAUUUGUUUUCAACUGUAUCCCCCGAUGAUAACUUAACACUUGGUGCAUUCUUCUUAAUGUUUAUCCUCGACACAUUCCUCUAUUUGUGUAUAGCUUUAUACAUAGAAGCAGUGUUUCCCGGUGACUUUGGAGUGCCACAACCUUGGUACUUCCCUUUUACGAGAGCUUACUGGUGUAACAAUAUCCAGGCUAUGGGUAGGUACUUUUGUGUUUUUUUUUUAGUUUUUAUAUUUUCCAUUAAACUAGGUGAUGAACAGUCGUCUGAGAAUAAGGGAGAAUUCUAUGAAGAUUUCACCGAAAAACUACCUGUUGGUAUACAAUUGAAGAACCUUUCAAAAACAUUUGGAGGCAAUAAAGCAGUUAUAAAUAUGAAUUUGGAUAUGUAUGAAGGCCAUAUCACUGUUUUGCUUGGCCACAAUGGUGCAGGCAAAACCACAACAAUGUCUAUGAUAACCGGAAUGUUUCCACCUACUAGUGGAACCGCUAUAGUUAGCGGAUAUGAUGUAAGAACCAGUAUACAAAAUGUUCGGGACAGUAUGGGUUUGUGCCUUCAACACAACGUCUUGUUUGAUAACUUAACUGUUUGGGAACACUUGUAUUUCUUUGGUAAAUUAAAAGGUUUAAGAAACGACGAAAUUAAUGAGGAAAUUGAUCGUUACCUGAAGCUACUUGAGCUGGAAGAUAAGAGAGAUGCACAUUCAAGUACUCUGUCUGGAGGUAUGAAGCGAAAGUUAAGUGUAGGAAUGGCGCUUUGUGGAAAAUCUAAAGUAGUGAUGCUUGAUGAACCAACAGCAGGGAUGGACCCUUCAGCAAGAAGAGCGAUUUGGAAUUUACUUCAAAAGCAAAAGAGCGGACGAACAAUUCUACUAACAACACACUACAUGGAUGAAGCAGAUCUAUUAGGAGAUAGGAUUGCUAUAAUGACAGGUGGCGAAUUACAAUGUUGCGGAUCAAGUUUCUUCUUAAAGAAGAAAUACGGCGCUGGUUAUUACCUAAUCAUGGAUGUAACACCAAAUUGCCAACCGUCCAAAAUUACACAGCUGCUGCAAAAUUAUAUACCAAACGUGCAAAUACAUUCUCACGUAGGUUCUGAGCUGACUUAUCAACUACCCGAAAAUGAAUCAUGGAAAUUUGAAAAAAUGCUAGGCCAGUUAGAAAAUGAAAGUACCAGUCUGGGUGUGCAAAGUUACGGAGUAUCGCUAACAACACUUGAAGAAGUUUUUAUGAAAGUCGGUGCCGACCAUGAUAAUAAACUUUCGAAAAAAAUAAAUGGAAACAGUGAAAGUACAAUAACUGUGGAAGAAUCUGGUUUAAGUAGUUUAAACAUCGCCCAUCUGAGUGGUUUCAACUUACUGAGGAAUCAGUUCAUAGCCAUUGUCCUGAAGAAAAACUUAUCUCUUCUAAGAUCUUGGUACUUGUUCCUACUCCAAGUUAUUUUACCUGUGGCACUUUUGAUAAUCACAGUUCUAAAUGCCCGAGGUUACGCACCCAAAACUUCGUUUCCCGCCUUAAAAAUGUCUCUAGAAUCGUACAAUGAACCAAUAACACUAGUCCAAAAUGAUGGCAGUUCACUGGCCAAUACAUACAUAAAUAUGCUAAAUGGGUACCCAGCAAAAACAGUUAAUAAUCUUGAAUCGGAAAUCAUAAAUUUGACAAAAGAGUCACCAUCAACUGUAAAAAGGCACUAUACUGUUGCGGCUUCUUUCAACAGUACAGUUGCCACCGCUUGGUUUAACGGUGAUCCUUAUCACUCAACAUCACUAUCCCUCAGUCUUGUGUUGAAUACUGUUUACAAGAGCAAAUUUGGAGAAAAAAAAACCCUUAAUUUUAUUAAUCACCCGCUUCCUCUGAGCAAGGAAGCUGAACUCAACAAUAUGCAAUUUAACCUUAUGGUGUACCAAAUAGCAAUGGAACUAGGAUACGGAAUGGCUUUCGUUGCUAGUUUCUACAUUUUAUUUUAUAUCCGAGAACGAGUUAGUAAAUCCAAACACCUGCAGUUCGUUUCUGGUGUAAAUGCUUUCGUUUUCUGGGGAACUGCUUUCCUUUGCGAUCUAAUCACAUAUCUGAUAACAGUCAUUUUUGUUCUCAUCACAUUUGCAGUUCUGCAGGAAGACGGUUUUAAGACAACGGACGAAAUAGGUCGCAUAACUUUAGUGCUUGUUUAUUUUGGCUUCUUUGUCUUACCAUUUGUUUAUUUAACAUCGUACUUGUUCAGUAUUCCAUCUUCCGGAUUUUCUAGAAUGAUGUUGUUGGGAGCAGUUUCUGGCAUUGUUGGAAUUACGGCCAUGCAAGUUUUGGAAAUUGAAGCUCUAGGUGUUUUAUAUGUGGCACGACCUCUCCAUUGGGUACUUCUUUUUGUUCCUUUCUACACUGUAGCUAAAGGAGCUUAUGAUGUGGGUUCAAUAAGUACUUUGAGAGAUGUUUGUCUAAAAAAUGGUGCAAGUUAUGAACAAGCUUGUGCCGCCAACUCAAUGUGUUGCAAUAUUGACAACUACUAUUCUUUUGAUACACCCGGUAUUGGGCGCAAUAUAGUUAUUUCCUUUCUUAUGUCGUUUAUCCUCUUUGCUGUACUCUUAAUCAACGAAUAUGGUUUGUUCAGUUACGUUAUGAACAAAAUAAUUAAUUACAAUAAACCGCCACUUCAAAACGUAUCUCUCGAAAGUGAUGUGCAAGAAGAAAACGAAAAAAUUCGAAAUACAUCUGAAUACGACCUCACGAAAACCUACUCUCUCGUUCUCCGAGAUGUCACAAAGUAUUACAAGAACUUCCUUGCGGUUAAUGGCCUUUGCUUGGGUGUAAAACCCUACGAAUGCUUCGGGUUAUUGGGAGUUAACGGUGCUGGUAAAACUACCACUUUCAAAAUGAUGACCGGCGAUGAACAAAUAUCGUAUGGUGAGGCCUGGGUGCUAGGACACAACAUUAAAACGGAACAAAAGCAAGUCCAAAAACUGAUCGGUUAUUGUCCCCAGUUUGAUGCCUUGUUAGAUGACCUCACGGUCAAAGAAACACUGCUGAUUUUUGGCCUCAUCCGAGGAAUUCCUUACAAGAAAUGCAUCCCGUUGGCCGUAAAUCUAGCCCAUGAAUUCGACUUCUAUAAACACAUCCACAAAAAAGUGAAGGAACUCAGCGGAGGAAAUAAGCGAAAACUGAGCACUGCUCUUGCCUUGAUCGGGGAUCCCCCGAUUAUUUAUCUCGAUGAGCCCACCGCAGGAAUGGACCCAGCAACAAAACGGUUUCUAUGGACAGCGCUAGCUAAGUUGAGGGAUCGAGGAAAGUGCAUCGUUUUGACGUCACACAGUAUGGAAGAGUGCGAAGCGUUGUGCACAAGAAUCGCCAUCAUGGUAAAUGGCACAUUCCAGUGUCUGGGAUCCACCCAACGAUUGAAAAAUAAAUUUGCGCAAGGCUAUGCCCUCACGAUAAAAGUGAAGAAGCACAGCGAUAACGUCUCUCUUGAUGAUGAAAUUACCGUCAUCGAUAGGUUCAUUCAGACACACUUUCCGGGAGCUGAACUAAAAGAAAAGUAUCAAGAGUUGGUGUCGUAUCAGUUGGUUAACAAUAGUUCGUUAACGUGGUCGAAGAUGUUUGGGAUUUUGGAGAGGGGCAAGAAAGAUCUCAACAUCGAGGACUAUUCGUUGGGUCAGUGCAGUCUAGAACAAGUCUUUUUGAGUUUUACAAAGUACCAAAACUAGUACGAUUAUUUGUCAUUUGACAAGAAAGAACGUAUUUAGGUAAUUUUCAAAUUUAUAUUUAUUACAAACAUAACUUACUGUUGCUGUAACGUACAAAAUACAUAGUAUUUAUUUUAAAA